AUGAGUUACAAGUAUACACUAGACUUCUACAAUCUAAAAAAUAAUAAAAUAAAAUCUUAUCACACCAAUGCAGACAUAAUAUCAAUAGGCAGUGGACUGUUUAAUAGCAUACGAAUUCAAAUACCUUCAAUUCUCGAAUUACAUAUUAAAAUAUUUUUAGAUAAAAAAAAGAUACUUGUUUUUGGUGAGGACGUUACACUAAAAAAUGAAGAACUAAAAAUUGGUUAUAAAUAUGAUUUCGAAUUGGGUGAUAGUAUAAAAAUACACGAGAGAACUCUUCGGGUGCGACAUACAGAUUAUAAUGAGUUAAUUGAUAAGAAUAACAUUGUCAAAGAGUCUCCUGAUACUUUAAAAGAUGUUAUAAAUUAUCAAGAAAUCGGAGCUGAUUUGUUUAUUAACGGUAAUGAAAAUAAAUUUAGCAUAAAUAGUGAAAAUAAUUAUCCCCAAGAAAUGAUGACAAAUGGAGAUGAGAAAAAAAAUAAAAAAGAAAUGGAAAAUAAUGUGAAUGAUGAAGGAAAUACUAUUUCUAGUAAUUUAAAUCCAGAAGGCUUUAUGCAGCCUAAAAAUCAAGAAUAUAUGGAAAUUAUAAAUGAAGAAAAUGUAGAAAUUAUGAAUGAAGAAGAAGUAAAAAUGGAUAAAAAAGAAGAAGAAGUAAAAAUGGAUAAAAAAGAGAAUGAAAUCAAAAAUAUUUACAUUGAAGAUAAUGAAAUUAUUGCUAGUGAAGUAUGUGGGAAUAUAAAAACAGAAAGAGAAACUAAUAUACACAGGGAAGUAGUAAGUAGUCAUUAUAUCAAAGAAGGAGUUAUUUAUGAAGAAGUAAAAGAAAAUGUACAAGUAGAAGAUCUUAAAAAAAUUGAAUUACAGGAAAAUGAAACUAUGAAGGAUACAGAUUCUGAAAUUAAAAAUAAUUUUGAGGUACAAGCUGCUGCAAAAAUUAUAGACGCUUCCUCGUCUGAAACUAAAGUUGAGGAUGCUUUGGAAAAUGAUGAUAUUAAUUAUGUAAAGGAAGCAAUAACAUCUAAACAACAAGAUUUGGAUGAAAAAAUUAAUGAUUGCAUUGAUGUUACUGCUGUUGAUACACCAAUUAACCCUUUUUUAUUGAAAAAACAACCAGUAGAUUUGGGUGAUGUUAUUAUUGAAAAAGAAAUUUUAAAAGAUGCAGAAAAAAUUGUAGAAGAAAAAAUAAAUCAAUCAAGUGAAAAUUUAAAUUUAUCAGAGCAAGAAAAUGUAACUGAAGAACCAUUGAAUGAAGUUAAAGAAGAAAAAGUACCGGAAAUUAGUGAAUAUGAUCUUAAUUUAACAAAGCAGGAACAAAAAGUUGAAGAAGGAACUGUAUUUAUUAAAGAAAAAGAAGAAAAUAAUAUGCCAAUUCUUACAGAGCAGGAUAUUAAAAAUAUUAAUCAAAAUAAUGAAUCCCUUCCAGUAAAAAAACAAACAUCUGAAAUCGUACCUGUAACAGACAAUACAGCUACAUCAUCUUCUGAAAAUUUGAAAGGUAUUGAGGAUGAUAAGGUGAAUAUUAACACCGAAAAAGCGAAUAUUGUAGAGGACACUGAGCCGCCACUAGAAAGCAUUGGUAAAGAUGAAGUUAAAAAUUUUCCUAAGAAAAAUAUUAAAAAAACAGCUACUGAGGAUAGUAAGCCUAUUGUAGAUGAUGUAAACAAGGCAAAACAAAAAAGGAAAGCAUCAGUGAAAAAUGUUGUGGUUGAUGAAAAUAAGAAAUCUGAACCUAAAAGAAAAAAAGUUGAACCAGAAAAAGAAGUUGGAUCAGGAUUUGAAAAUUUAAGUGUGGAGAAUCAAAAACCUAAAACAAUGUCAAAAUUAACUUUAACACCACGAUCUACGCGUAAGGCGUCAAUGACCACGAAUCAGAAGUCUGAAGUUCCUAAUACUGCAAUAUCUAAGCGUGUACGGCGAAAUGCAUCUGUAAGUUCUGACUCUAAAUCAUCUGCAGAAGAUUUAUCUAAAAAAAAUAAGAAGAAAUAA